AUCAAACAAAUAGUAUAACAAUAUGUACUGCAUAUAAAGAUUUGUGAAGAACAAUUAUAAACAUACUACUUAACAAAUAUUUCAGAGCUCAAUAUUCUCUCAGUUCAAAACUCACAACGUCUAAAUUCUGAAUUCGCCACUGAUGAACCAGAUGGCUGUAGAAGAAGCAGAAAAGCGUUGUGUGGUUUUAGUACCAUCUCCGUUCCAAGGGCAUAUAACGCCUAUGCUUCAACUGGCCUCGAUGCUUCAUGCUAAGGGAUUCUCCAUUGUUAUAAACCAUUCUGAGUUGAAUCCUCCAGAUAGCUCCAAACAUCCUGAAUUUACAUUCUUGCCACUGAAGGAUGGCCUGUCAAACGGCGAUCCUUCUUUAUUGAAUCUAUUGAACAUUAUACCAGCAAUGAAUAAGAAUUGCAGAGUUCCAUUUCAAGACUAUUUGGUCCAAAUGAUGGAAAAACCAGAGCUCUAUGGUCAAAUCUGUUGCAUAAUCUAUGACCAUCUUAUGUACUUCAUAACUGAAGUGGCUGAUCACCUUGAGCUUCCAACUAUUCUCCUCCGGUCCAGUAGUUGUGCUUAUAUGGAAGCUAUUUGUGCCUUUCUUCAAUUCCAGGCAGAAAAGUUUACUCCUUUGCCAGAGGCUAAGCUGCUGGAUCCAGUGCCCAAAAUACCAGCCCUCAGGUUCAAGGAUCUUCCAUUUGCUCUGACGUCCGAAAUUCCAGAGCCUCUAUUGCAGUUAUUAGAAAAGGUGACUAAAAUAGGAUCUUCUGUGGCUAUCAUUGGGAACACUACUGAGAAUCUUGAGAACCGAGCAUUGUUAUGGCUCCGACAACAUUAUCAAGUUCCUAUUUUCACAAUAGGACCUUUACACAAAAUGGCGUCCUCCUUGCAAACGAGUUUAGCAGAAGAGGACGCCAGUUGCAUUUC